ACAUAUAUAGAGAGACUCAGUCAGUCUUUUGUGGUCUGUCGAACCGUAUCGUGGUAGAUAUAACGAUUGUAACAAAGUGUGUGUGAACAUUUUAUAUAUUCUUCCAACAUUGCAUACUGCUAAAGCAUUAAUUUGUUGCCGUAAAACAAAAAAAAUAUAUCAAUAUACUUUUGCAUUUAACAUUCUGUUUCAAAAUAUUGGUUGGAUAGCUACUCCGCAUUCCAGAUAAUAAGCGCUCAACAAUCGUUUCCAUGUGAGGAUCAACAGGAUUUAUUGUUAGAAGCAACUUUUAACAUUUCUAUAGAAUGUAAGCAAUGCACGGCUUUGUCAAAUAUGCUAUUGCGAAAUACGGAAGAACAUGCGGAUAAUUUGUUAUGGAUACACUUCCAUACCACACCUGUAAUGCUGCCUUAUCUUGCAACAAUAAUUGUGUCUAAUUACCUAUUCCCACUUAAGACCAAAAUUGAAAUCAUUCACAUGUGGUGCAGAAACGAAUCUCGAUUUAUAGAAUUUGCAAAAAAUGUAACUAUACGUAUCACGAGGUUUCUUGAAUAUGAUUGGAGAGCUUUCUCCAUAUUGGAAUCGAAGGUGGAUUAUGUCGCAAUUCCAAAUUUCCAUGACAAAGGCAUAAUAGUUUUCGGACUUGUUCUUUAUAGGGAAACAGAUAUCAUCUACGAUAAAAAUUUAUAUCCUAUUGCUCAGAAAAUCGAAGUAGCUCAAUUAGUAGGACGUAAAGUGACACAGCAAUGGUUUAAUAACAUGAUGAACAAUCCAUUACUAUCGGAUUUUUGGCUUAAAAAAGGUCUUACUACAUUGCUUGCAACGUAUACUGUCAAUAAGGCUUAUCCAGAUUAUCGAAUAAUGAAUUUAUUUGUUGUUCAAAAUCAACAUUACUCUUUUAAUUUGGAUGGUAAUCAUAUGUGGCCUUUUACUUCACAAGAUGACAGUUUAUUGAAAAUUCGCCAAUCUAUCAGAGUACCUUUUAUACUACGGAUGAUGCAACACAUCCUCACAGAAGAAAUGUUUCAGGAAAGCAUAAGCACAUAUGCAUAUGACACCGAAUCACAUGAUGAAGGCUUUGUGGAGCUUACGAAACAUAUUGCUUUAAAAAAUCCAAAUAUUACUCAACAACUGACAAGAAUGGAAGAUUGGGCUUUGGAAUAUCAUUGUCCCGUGAUUAAAGCAGUACGAACAUAUCAUAAUAGAGAGAUAAUGAGCGAAGUAAAUGUAUCGAUACAAUAUAUCAACACAUUAAAAAUUGGCUGCAUUCCUGUAACUUUUACUACGGAAGCAUCUCUCGAUUUUAACAAUUUUACUCAUCAUAUGGUAUGCGUGUCAAAGAAUUUAAAAUUAUCAUUACCAUUUAAAGAGGAUGGUUGGAUGAUAUUCAAUAUACAACAAAUUGAUAUAAUAUCGUAUUUGCAUCGAGAAGAAGAUUAUAUAGCAUGGUAUUCUAUGUUUAAAGCUCUGGAAUACAUAUUUAGCACUUUUCUGUAGCUAUGCUGGAAGAUAAAAUGUGGAAUUUUAAGAAUUACAUAAACCAAGCAUUAUACGAGGUACUUAAAAGAAUCAAAUAUGAAGAAGUUAAUGAUAGUGACGACCUUAGAAAAUGUUUACGACAAGAAGCUGCAAGAUGGGCAUGUUUUUUCGGCGACUCCGAAUGUAAGACAGAAGCCAACAAAAAAUUAGUAAAACAUCUCCAAAAUUCUACAAAGCACAAGACCCUUUAUACUGCGCAUGAUGCAACACACCUUCGCCGAAGAAAUAUUUUGGAAAUUUAUUCGCACAUAUGUAAAUAGCACCCAAUCAUAUCGUCAAAGUAUUGUGAAUAUUUGGAAAGAAAUUGUUGCUGCUGCAGAAUAACCAGAUACUGAUUCAUCUACAAAUAAUGAAUUAUUGGAAAAUAGAAAGACGUUGUCCUAUCAUAAAAAUAAUACGAAAUUAUAAGGAUAUGAGCGAAGUAAAUGUAUCGAUACAAUAUAUCGACACAUUAAAAAUUGACUGCCUUCCUGUAACUUUUACUACGGAAAAGUAUCCUGAUUUUAACAAUUUUACUCAUCAUAUGGUAU